AUGUUACAGUUUUUGAAACACCAGCCACGUGCAGAAACCAGGUCUGAGACCAAGUACAAAACAAAUGACGGCUUGGGCCCUGUCCACGAGCUCCCGAAAAGGCUCCGCUCACGUGAUUGCAGUCCACAAACAGACUCGAACUUGGAGCUCUCGGUAGUCGUUCCCGCUUACAAUGAAAAAGCGCGUUUGGGCAAGAUGCUCGAUGAAGCCGUGGUGUUUUUGGAGCAGCACUAUCAAGGAAAGUACGAAAUUGUGAUUUCGGACGAUGCUAGCCAUGAUGGUACCGGCGACUUUGCCUUAGGUGAAGCCACUAGAUUGAGACUUGCGCCACACGUCUUGAAAGUCGUCACGUUGGUGGAGAACAGGGGUAAGGGCGGCGCCGUGGCACACGGCAUCUUGCAUGGUGGAGGAAAAUACUUACUAUUUGCUGAUGCCGAUGGUGCCACAAAGUUCAGCGACGUUACGAAGUUGCUUGCCCAUAUGGAAGGCCAGGAUAAGGGACCUGCUGUGGCAAUCGGGUCACGAGCCCACAUGAUCAACUCCGAUGCGGUGGUGAAACGGUCUUUCAUCCGCAAUCUAAUGAUGUAUGCGCUCCAUACCUUGGUAUUUGUUUUCGGUAUCAGAGAUAUUCAAGAUACACAGUGCGGAUUCAAGAUGUUCAAUCGCGAAUCUGCGCUGAUGAUCCUCCCACAUAUGCAUACCGAACGCUGGAUUUUCGACGUGGAGAUCUUGCUAUUGGCAGAGCUCCAGAAGAUUCCGAUUGUCGAAAUUCCUGUGAACUGGCAGGAAGUGGACGGCUCGAAGGUUGACUUGGCAAAGGAUUCAAUCCAAAUGGCCGUGGAUUUGGUAGUGACGCGCAUGGCGUACAUGAUUGGGAUAUAUGGUAUUGACGAGUGCGGGCAUUUGCGUAGAUAA